AUGAGUAGUUUACUUGAUCGUCAAGGUAUUCUUGAUAAUUUAACAGCUACGGAAACAACGGCAAGAUUACUUGUAAAUGCUUUUGUAAAGAAAAAUAGUGAUACAGAAUUAUGUUUAAAUGGAAUUUAUCGAGAAGAAUUAAUUACUCAAACAGCAACAUUUCUAUCACAAGCACAACAAUUAAUAAAGAAUCUUUCAAAUACAUACAAUUUAACAACAGAUGGAUUCUUUGAAAAAAAAUUCAUAGAUACAAAUGAACAGUUUAAUUCAAUGUAUGAUAUAUCACACAAUAGCGAAGAUGAAACUCAUGAUUCUAAAACAGCAUCAUCUGAGAAUACUCGUUCAUCGUCAUCAUCAUCUAUUACGUUGAAAGAUAUAAUUAAAAAUCGAUUAACACCAGAUAAUCUCGUUCCUGAUUAUCCACUUCUUCGUGAUACAAGUCAACCAAAUCUUGUUAUACUUGCUCGUGAUCUUCGUCAAACAGAUAAUAUCAAUGAUAUUUUAAUUAAAGUUUAUUCACAAAUCUUUAAUUAUGAAGAACAAAUUUCAUGUAGUUAUGAUAGUAUCAAUGGUAAAUUACCAUAUCCACGACAUAAACGUCUUCUAUUUGAUCUUAUUAUUAAACUAACACUAAAUGAACAUGAAAAAAUACUUGAUGAUAACGAACGACAUAAUCUUUAUAUACAAUGUGAAAAACAAUUUUCAACAGAAACAGAUUUAACAAAUUAUCAAGGAGUAAAUAUUGAUCAUCUUAAUGACGAUAAUAAUUCUUAUGAUGAAAAACAAUUUAUUUGUUCACUUUUUCGUCUUGUUAUACCAAAAGAGGAUAUUAAAAAAAUUAUUGCAGCUAAACAAAAUCUAUCAUCGCAAUGGAAUGAUAAUGAAAUAUGUAUUUAUUAUGCACGUCCAAUUCAUUUAUUAUGGAUUAAACAAAAAUGGCUUAAACGAUAUCCAUUAGAUAGUAAUAAUGAAUUAGAAAAAUGGUCCCAAUGUAUAGAUUGGGCUAUUGAUUCUUUUCUUGAAACAACAAAAACUCGACCAUCGAAACGAAAAACAAUUGAAGGAUCAACGAAUCAUAAACGAGUAAAAACUCCAUUAACACUUCAAGAAAGAUCUAAACAAAUUGAUCAAACAAAAUAUGAUGUCUUUGAAUAUGCUACUAAACUUCUUCAACAUAUUUCAAAUGACAAUAAUAACGAUUUACCAACAUUGGAACAAUUAAAAUUACUUGAAUCUUAUAUAAUGCGUUUUUAUUGGACAUCCGAUCAACAAAAAACAUGGUCACAAAUAUUAGAUAUUAUUAGUAAUAUUUUUAUCAAAGAAUCAAACAAUGAUUUUCGACAAUUUUACGCCAAAAAAUUAUUGGAAAUGAAUAAAGAUGAUCAGAUAGAAAUUGAUCGUUUGUUACAGAUAACAUUAUAA